UAGACUAGAUGAUGUGGUUAUCCCCAUAAAAUAAUACGUCGCUUAUGAAGUCGUUAAAAGUCUCCCAACUACCUCCAUACCUUCUUCCAUUCCGGGGUCUUCCAAACCGACGCGCACACACACAUAACACGAAUCCAAUGGCCGAAAAACCCACAACCGGCGGCGGAGCUGGACCGGCACCGUUUCUUCUCAAGACUUACGAAAUGGUUGAUGAUGCACUUAGCGACGCGAUAGUCUCCUGGAGCUCAACUAGUAACAGUUUCGUUGUUUGGAACCCACCUGAGUUUGCUCGCCUUUUGUUGCCAACUUAUUUUAAACAUAAUAAUUUUUCAAGCUUCAUUAGACAACUCAAUACCUAUGGUUUUAGGAAGAUUGAUCCUGAGCGAUGGGAAUUUGCAAAUGAAGAUUUUGUAAAAGACCAAAAGCAUCGUCUCAAAAAUAUACAACGAAAAAAGCCAAUUCAUAGUCACAGUAAUCCUCAAGGAUCUACAAUUGAUCCUGAAAGAGUAGCUUUUGAGGAAGAAAUUAACAAACUAACUCAAGAGAAAAUAGAACUUGAGAAAAGUCUCUCGAGAUUUAAACAGCAGCAACCUCUUACAGAGGCUCAACUAGAAGAUCUUACCCAACAAGUUGACGGUAUCGAGCAAAGGCAAAAUCACCUGCUGAUGUACUUGAAAAAGGCAGUUCAAACCCCCGGAUUUGCUGACCUCCUUUCUCAAAAGCUCGAGUCUAUUGAUUUAUCUGCUUAUAAUAAGAAACGGAGAUUGCCGGUGGACGAUAAGUCUCAAGUGAUAUUAGAUGAUGGUGUUUUAGUAGACAACCGCAGCCUUUCUAGACCGCAAUUUGGGAAUGUCUUUAACCAUGAAUCUGCAUAUAAGAUUAGGCUUGAGUUGUCGUCAGCUGUUUCAGAUAGUAACAUGGUUUCACACAGCACUCAGAGUUCCAAUGGGGAUGUGGGAAGUCCACAGGUUAGAUUUUCAGAGGGGUGCAUAAGGGAUGAUGUCCAGAUGACUUCUGGUGGGCUUCCAUUGGCUGCAGAACAACUAGAGGUUUCGGAUACUGGUGCGUCGUUUACCUUUAACAUGGACUCUUCUUUUGCUCACAAGUCAGGGCCCUGUGAAAUUCCUAGCUGUUUAAGUAUUGAUGAAGAAGCUGAGGGUCAUAUUUCAAGUCUACUGAAUCUUAGUUUGGCAUCGGGUUUGUCACAGGUUAAUGCAAGUCAAGGUACUGGUAGAAUUGCUCAGUCCAUUGAGGAAAUUGGAAAACCUUCUUAUUUCUCAAUUGAUAAACACAAUGAAGCUGGUCUAAAUGUCCCCAAAAGCAACAGAACUCUUUUGAGUACCGAAGUACCACCAGCCAAUAAUCAAGUACCGACCCCACCUGUGAACGAUGUAUUCUGGGAGCAGUUUUUAACAGAGAAACCUGGCUCUUCAGAUCUUCAAGUGGCAAGCUCCAGAGCAACCGGCUCUUACGAGCAAGAAGACCAAGGAACAGCCCAUGGGCCGCACUGAAAUUACCAGAACUUGCAGAAUCCCUAUCUUUGAUGUCAAAAAGAUAACCCUAUAAUAGUUUCCAGGUUUGUAGCAAAUUCUUUAAAAUCACAAAGAUACACAAGUCACCACUCACCAGUUGAGUUAGUAUUCAUCUUGUUUUUGUAUAUGAUGGUAAUGUGUAAUGGUAUUAUACUAUUAUGAAUGAUUUAUAUAUCUAUGGAUUAGAAUAGAUAAUUUGGAAUAGAUAAUUUGUAAGUGAUUUUAACAAUAUAACAUGUGCACUAGUUGUACACUUGUACACUUGUACUCGAUAUGAGUAUAUGUUACCGUUAAUUUGAAUAAUCUGUAUGCUUGCAUUUUUGUAUGUUUAAA